CACCUCCAACGGCAAGGUGUAUGUGGCCCAGGUGAAGGAAAGAGCUGCUGCCAGGAAAAUUUACGAUGCUGCUAAGAAGCAAGGGAAAACAGCCGGACUCGUUGCCACCAAAGAGGGAGAUUGAGAAGUUUCGUGUGGCAGUGAGCGUGCCGUCAGGAGCUCGGAUGUCCUUCUCCCUGUCCUACGAGGAGCUGCUGCCUCGUCGACUCGGCCGCUACGAGCUCAGUUUGGGUCUGAGGCCGGGACAGCUUGUGCACAACCUCACGUUAGAUGUCACCAUAAUGGAGCGGACGGGCCUCAGUUUCAUCAAAGCCUUUCCUCUCAAGAUGAGCCGACUGCUCUCCAACACUGCUCAGG